GUCACGCUUGAAGAUGGCGGCCGGGUGGCUGUGAGAUGAGGAGCUCGGGGCUGCACUGACAGAGCCGCUCACAUGCAGUAAGUUCUCUGUCAACAGUUGGAGCAGUGGGAGGAGAUGGCCGCAGUGGAGGGAGGUGUCUGCAGUUGGAGCAAUAGGAGGAGCCGGCCACAGUUGAAGCAGAGAGCAUUGAAUGAAGAAGGGGAAAUGGAUCUGCCAAACCAUGCCAAACAACUGCUGCUUCAGCUGAACCAGCAAAGAGCCAAAGGUUUCUUAUGUGACGUCAUCAUUGUAGUGGAAAAUGCUUUGUUCCGAGCUCACAAGAACAUUCUUGCUGCCAGCAGCAUGUACUUUAAAUCACUUGUCCUUCAUGACAACUUGAUCAAUCUGGAUACAGAUAUGGUAAACCCAGCUGUUUUCCGACAGAUUUUGGACUUUAUUUACACCGGUAAACUCUUGACAUCCGACCAGCCAGGAGAGCAGAAUUUUAGUGCUCUCCUCACUGCAGCAAGCUACCUCCAACUCCAUGACUUGGCAACUCUUUGCAGGAAGAAACUUAAGCGUUCUGGGAAGCCAUUUGUAGGAAAGCUUGGAGUGCCUAGCAUAGGCCGCGUAGGAAGAAAUCACAGGCUUUCUGCCCCCCCACUUGCUCACAUGCGAUUUUCUCAGUCCUUGGACAUUAAUAAGGGUUCUAACUCAAAUGAACUAUCCAAAACAACAGUCCAAGAAGAUGAGGUGUUUGUUAGCAACCCCAUACAGGAAAAUAGCCACCCUUUAAGCCUAGGUACAGGGAGCAACAGCAGCCUCAAUAAUAGCACUAAUGGGAGUGACCAUGAGAUAGGCCUUGACCUUUCUAAAAAAAGCCCGUCCUUACCUGCACAAGAUGAGAAUGUACAACCAGACAGUCAUGUAGGCUCACCACAAUCUGCCUCAGCAUCCAUAGCCAACUGUGCCUCUUAUGAAGAAUCCACACCCCAAAAAAGAGACAGCGAACCAAUGGAAUUGGAAGAGAACCACUCAGAUUCUGGGCCAAAGAAUAACCUUUGCCACCCAACACGUAAAAUGGAGUGGGACAGGAAAGAAAGAGAAAAUUCUCCAGAAUCAAGAGAGACUAUGCCCAAUGGAGUUAUUGUUGGGCCUAUGUCAAAGGAGAGACAUUCAGGUGGAGGCUAUGCUUCUGAGCAGAGUUUCAAAUGUAAGGAUGAGAUGGAAAAUGGUAAAGACAUCAGUGAGGAAAGUGGGCAUAGUGAGAAUGAAAAUGACCAUCCCAGUGCCAAUUAUGUUUACCGACAAGAUGGAUUUGAGACUGUGCCAUUUGGCGACAACUUGUAUGUGUGCAUCCCCUGUGGAAAGGGGUUUCCGAAUUCAGAGCAACUAAAUGCUCAUGUGGAAAUGCAUACUGAAGAGGAGCUAUAUAUCAAAGAAGAGGAUUCCUACUGUAAAGAGGAAGCAGAGGACCUGUCCACUCCCAACACAACAUUUCCAAAUGAGUCACGGCCAUUUAAAUGCACAAUGUGUGAGAGGAGCUACAAGGAUCCAGCCACCCUCCGACAGCAUGAGAAAACGCACUGGCUGACCCGUCCCUUCCCCUGCAACAUCUGUGGCAAGAUGUUCACACAAAGAGGAACCAUGACCCGCCAUAUGAGGAGCCACUUGGGCCUCAAACCUUUUGCUUGUGAAGAGUGUGGAAUGCGCUUUACCAGGCAAUAUCGACUGACCGAGCAUAUGCGUGUCCACUCAGGGGAAAAGCCCUAUGAAUGUCAGCUCUGCGGGGGAAAGUUUACCCAGCAGCGCAAUCUGAUCAGUCACCUGCGUAUGCAUACCUCCCCAUCAUAAACCAAAGACACUUGAUACCCUAAGAAUGUGCUUGUCUUCUGCACACAGACGAACCAAUUUACCUUCCUGAUGACUUGCUGCUUUAAGGGUACCAAUUUUCCAGUUACGUUGUAUCAUCAUAGAAAGGGGGUGUUAUGCCUCAUUUGAGCUUUAAGAUGUAAAAAGUGAUGACAACAUUUCAAGUUAUGGUACAGUGGAAGCAAGUUAUAUGUUGCCUCCACUUCUCUCCCUUGCAUCCUCAGGACCUACACAAAGACUUCAAUAACCCACAUCUAACAAAACAAAUCAAAGGCUGUAAAUUGCUUGCAUAAAGCUAGCAAAAUUACAAUUCUCUGUUUUGCAAGGUGACAACCUGGUAACACAGUCAAGCUUACAUCUGGGUUUGAAGGCGUGUUUGGGUAGGAGGUAUUUGCAGAAGGCAUGUUCUUAGUACCGUGAAUUGUCCACACCUUUCUACAACAUGGCUCUGCUUUACAUCUGUCCAGCCUUAAGAGGCGCUGGCUUCUUAGUUGUAUUCAUGAAUGAAAACCAAGGAAACCUCACAACUCCCUCUCCUGGUUACCACUGUGGGCAUCUGGAUAGGUUCAUGCCAAGUUGCUCCUCUCAAACACCAAUAUAGAGAUUGAUAAAGGCAGGCUGGCACUUUCUGGGGCACUUGGUAUCUUUUUGGCUGUGAAUUCUUUGCAUGUUCCUUAGUAUCUUUCUUCUUUCUGAAUGACCUUUUCACCACAGACUGGAAACUAACAUUUUGCCCAACAGUUGCACCUAUGUACGCCAGUGGGAGGGAGGUCCUCUAUUAUUCCCCACCCCAUUCCUGUCCAUACAUAGGUACUUGUCUCAGUGGUGGGCUUUGGGAGACUUAUUUGAAUCUGUGAAUUUUUGAACUGGAAGUUUAGGGAUAUUAUUUGGGGUGGUGGGUUAGUAUUGUUAUUUUCACUACUCACUUUUUACAUGAUUUGAGCUUCUCUGUGUAUUGGUAAGCUCAGAAACCGAAGCAUCGUAACUCAUUCUGUCCGUCACAGGACUCCCAGUGCUUUGUUACAGUGCAUAAUGUCCUGCUUACAUGACUCAAAAUGUUGGCUGGCUGUAAGUUAUGUAUAUCUUCACCACACAUGCUGCCUCCCAAAAAAAAAUGGGGUAAGAAAGUCUCCUCUUACAGACAGGUCAGCACUGGAGGAGUGCUCUUACCCUAUUGCUGUUCAUGGUGACUUGUCAUUGGUUAGGUACUCCUGCUUGUAUGCGUGUGUGUGCGUGUGUCAGCCUAGUUUGGCUGUAUAUAUAGAGACAUGUAAGAUGAAGGAUGCUAUGGACUGGUCACUUUUGCUACCUCUUGAACUCUGAUAAGUGAGAUGCUUUUACUAAGAAGCUUUUGCAUAGUUUUGUUUUUUUUUUCCAUGUAAGUAAAUGUAUAAAGUUAGAACAUUUAAAUUAAAUGGGAAGCAUUAAAACAUUAGACUGUCAGGAAUUUGCCACAACAUUCACCGUAUUAAGAUAACUUCUGAUCCAAAAAAAAUAACCCAAAGAGAUCCAAUGUGAAUCAAACCAAAACCCUUACCUGGCCCCUUUAAAACUGCUUCUUGCCACACUAGCGGGCGUUUAGAGUUAUUCCUAGUGCUAUGACUUAUGAGUGUAGUUAACCAUUGCAGGACAUCUUCUCUAGUGAUCUGAUUGGGAAGAGCCACAGGAUCAGUAAAAUGUUUGCUAGUAUUUUUUGGAAUAUGUACUGUAAAUGGGUAGAUACUAUUUAGAGACAGCUGUGCAAGAGAGAGAUGUCCUGAAACAGGGUCAUGCACAAAUACUCUGUCAACGUCAUAAGGAAAAGUCACUUUAUUCUGAUGGCUCCAUACGACUUAUGGUACAUUAUUAAAGCAUGCACUGCAGCAGGCUCUGGUGCAGGAUGUACCACAGGUAGGUACCGGUCUCCUUCACGAUGAGACAUUUUUCCGUCUCUAGUAGACAACCCCUUAAUCUUUAAUUGACCAAAGUGUUAAGUGAUCUUAAUGUUGGUGGAAGUGAAAUUUGCCAUAAGCACAUAAUUGUAUGGAACUUCCCCAAAAUAUCAAUUGACCCUACACUCACCCCUCCCCCAUGGCACUGGCAGAGUCUAAAAAGUUUACAUUAUCGAAGACCAAAAAUAUUAGACUAAUGAAAUGUGCCAGCCCUAUUUUCCUCCUGAUAAUAUUCGAAAUUCCGUCCUGUGGGUUAGCUAAAUCUCAG